AGCGUAAUUACCCAUAUCCAUACUAAAAAUUAAGCUUGCUUCGUUUACUAUGCUUUAGUAGAGACAUUUUAGUUUGGUUCUUCAUGCUUAAAGUAAGCUUAUGUAGAAUAAGCGCUUGUUAAUAGUGCCACCAACAGCCCGAGCACACGAUCACUCCUAGCGGCUAUUCACACCAGCGGGUAAAGGUACGCUUUGGUGAAGUGAGCUUUUUAAUCGACAACCCAUUCACGCACAAAAGGAAGAUAGGCAAGGAUCAAUUCGACAUCAUGAAAUUGUAUCUUCCUUUUAUGCCUAUGCAGGUUUUCAGGUGUCGUGUUUUCCGAUGAAUUCUAUAUCUAACAUAGUACUUGAACAAUGAUGACACAGAUGAUUCGGACAUGCUGUGGCUGACCGCACGGUCGCGAACUGAUGGCAUCGCUUAUCAGGCGUCUCAUGUGUAUCAAUGUCAUCAUCCACAUCAGCCAUUUAGUCUUUGUGCUGUACCUGUAUUUGAUUAUAUUGUAAUGAACAGUUGACGCUACAACUUACUUGUUGAUGAUUUUUAGUUUUGUAUAGUGAGACAUACUUGCUUUCAAAUGUGGAAGAAGUCACUCUACAGUAUUGCCUUGCUUACACCCGGUAAGAUACAAUCAGCUUACUUUAAUAUCCUCAGUAUAAGUGAUUUCCUGUUUGUCGCCUAAACUGAACCGCUUCUCGAGCACGACUUGACUAAUGAGCCUACAAACGCUUCUUAUUAAUUUACCAAUAAUGACAUUAAUGAUAAUGACACACUCACUGGCGGCUUCAGUUUAGGUGGUUAUCUUAAUAAAAAUAAUGAAGCCAAAUUAUAUCAACUGUUAAAAAGUUGACCAACUGACAUUAUUUGGAAGAAAACCCCUGAAACACUGCUGAUAUUGCACUUUAAAACAUACCUACACCUCUAUUCGUCAACUUUUUAGCACAUUGAAAUUCACCGCUUGCCAGUGUCAACUAUCAACCGCUAAUAAGGGGGAUAUUUAUAAUAAUAUAGAUUUAUUAUUUGAACUUAAUGCUUUUACAUUUAAUUUUAUUUUUAACUGUGCGUAGUUGGUAGUUGAAAUGAAAGUGGUGAAAGGAGACAUUCGAAGUGACUGGAAACUAUGUACACUUGCUUUCAUGCUUUUAGAUCCAAUCACGAGAACGUGUCAUUAGCCUCUCGACAAACACGUCACGUCACUUCGAGUUUCCUCCGUCAAUGCUUAAGUGCUUCGCAAUUGCGGCUUCAAUCCUCGCUUACGUUGAGGCCUAUCUGAUGCUUACUCAAAGUGUUCACGUAGAUGUAAUAAUAAAUACUUGGUUUUCUUUUGUUUGUCGUACAGUAACCGCACUCUCUAAUGGUCAUUAUGUUGCAGUUUGUACUACCACUAACAUGUCACGUCCAGAACUGUCAUGUAAGCUAAAGUUACUGGACACCCUCCCGGUGUGCCAAGAUUUUAAUCGGCAAGGAUGUACAAGACCUACCUGCAGAUUUGUUCAUAUUCGUGAAGGGUGCGGGCUGCAGGUGGUAGGGUGCCGCGUGGUGGUGUGCCGCGACGCCGCCGCGGGCGCGUGCCGCCGCGCCGCCUGCCGCUACUACCACAUCCCCGUGCAGCUGCCGCCGGCCCUGCGGCCCCCCUAACCUCCUCACCCUGCACACCUCCACCCCACCCCCUCCCCACCCCCUCACCUUCACCCUCGAGUCCAGUCCCAGCCCGCAGCGCCGCGGUAUCCAUAUCGAUCUCGCCUCUGGCACACUCGGGUUCGGCAGGUCCAGCCG